AGAUCAUUGGAUGGAGGUGGUAAGUCGAAGUACUGGAAAAUUGUACUACUUUAAUCGAUUAAAAUCGGAAUCUACUUUUGAUUUGCCUGAAAGUGAACAUCUGUCAUUCACUGAAACAUAUUACACUAAACUACCAUGGAAAGCCGAGCACAAUCAUUAUCCAAGUGUGGUUACUUUACUACCAUAUUUAGAGAAAAUCAACAAUCCACAUUCAUAGUUGUAAAUAUUUGUUUACAAUUGUAUCAUUUUUUUAAUUGUAAAAAUAAUAAUAAUUUUCGUCAAGCAACUCAUCGAUGUAUUCUCUUCUGAUAUAUAUACAUAUAUUUUUC